CAAACCCAUCCUGCGUUUGUUGUUUUUGCAGGAACAGAGUUCCCGUGGACACUCUGACGUUUGGACAUUUUAUUACGAAAUAAAGAGCAAAAACAAGGGAAAAGAACGACCAGUGAAAGACAGUUAAAGCCGUGUCCACCAAUAAAUAGUGUUUAAUAUCAGCCGCUGAAUCUAGGCGUCAUCUCGGAAACGGCAAACAUGAAAUGGAUGUUCAAAGAGGAUCACUCUCUGGAACAUCGGUGCAUAGAGUCGGCCAAGAUUCGGAGCAAGUAUCCUGACAGAGUUCCAGUAAUUGUGGAGAAAGUGUCUGGAUCACAGAUCGUUGACAUUGAUAAGAGGAAGUACCUGGUUCCCUCUGACAUCACGGUGGCUCAGUUCAUGUGGAUCAUAAGGAAACGGAUCCAGCUGCCAUCAGAGAAGGCCAUCUUCCUGUUUGUGGACAAGACCGUGCCUCAGUCCAGCAUCACGAUGGGCCAGCUGUACGACAAGGAGAAGGACGAGGACGGCUUUUUAUAUGUGGCCUACAGCGGAGAGAACACGUUUGGUUUUUAAAAUCAGGCUGCAGUAAUCAGGCCACAACAACCCCUCCCUCCCUCCCUCCCUCCUCUCACCUCCCUCCUCCCUCUCCCUCCCUCCUCUCACCUCCCCCCCUCCCUCCCCUCACUUCCCCUCCAUCACACUUACAUCUC